GGAUGGGGGAUAAUUGUUCCAUUUUAUUCUGUCCAAGAUUGUAGCUACUCUGUAAAUCAGAGAUUAAAUAAAAAGUAUGUAUUUAUAUAUUUAUGUAUAUCUGAUGUGUGUAUGUAUGUAUGUAGAACGAGGAGUGUGAGACAAUAAGUACUAGUGCUAUUCACAGUAGAAUAUCAUACCGUUCACAUUGCCUGAUCUAACUUGUAACGUUUAGGUAAUUCAUUUAACGAAGGGGUCUUGUAUGACUUCUUCUUAGGCUCCCUCGCCACUUCACAAGUUUAUUUCUUCUUCAUCAUCAUCAUCUUCUUGUGUAAAUGCUUUUUAUUCUUUAUUCGAGGGAAAUAAAUAAAUAAAUAAAUAACACCACUGAGAUAAAUUUUCCUAUGUAAAGCGAUCGCUGUAUGUAAUCAAUGCAAAUGCAUUCGCCCUUUAUUGAUUCAGCCUAGUAGUCGCAGAAGCUUCGAGGGAAAUAGUGCGAAAAAGUCACCCGAACAACGAGCAGAUCCCUCAUUUGGUUGGUUGUAGAUGUUUCUGGCUCGAUUCGUGUUUUAGUGACCACGCAACGCAACGAAGAGAUCGGUAUGCAUAAUGUCAGAAAGAUAAGAAAUGUCAUCCACGGCCAGUCCGAUCAAUGUCAAAUCUUGUCAUAAAUUUGACGUGCGAAUAUUUUCGUUGGGACAUCAUAAAAAAAUAAAGAACUGGAUCUGUCGUGAGAGCGGAAAGGCGCUGAGUAAGGAUCUGCUUGUUUCUUCCCAUAUCAGGAAAACAAAAGAGCAAAGCACAAUCGGACAGUGCGCUGCGUGCAUACAGUUAGACGAUUCAAGCACUCUGCAGCAUUAUGUGGCAAGAUCUUGACAAACAGAACAGGGAUACCUUCGAUAGGUUUCUGGAAAUAAUACAGGUUGGAACAAAGAAAGAAAUGGAUACUUUCUUGUUUUGUCUAUUUACAACGGAUAAGAACGAAAACAAAUAUAGUGAAUCUCAGAUAGAUCCUUCUGAGAAACUUAGACACGCCCUCAAUGAUAAUAAUCUUGUUGAAGCUUGGAAAGUCAUGGUCGAGGCCAACGAGAGGAAACUCAGCCAAACACUUGAAAAUCUCAGUGAGGUCUGUACAAUCAUCACCAAGAAGAAGAGCAGUACAGAAGAUGGGUGCCAUCUCAAAUGUAAGUGGGAUUCUCAGAAAGUGUAUGAAACAUUGAGGAGCUCAAUAUUUUGGAUUUUUAACUGUGAUGAAGGCGACCCAGAAGAAGGGACAGAAUUGCCAAGCGAAAAAGAACGGAGAUGGAUCGAUAUACUCAGCAACCCACUGUACAUCAGUCUGGAAUGGCUUUGGAGAAAUAAUCCCAAUUCCCAGUACAAGAAAGGAAUAAGACGUAAAGAAAGCAAGUCUACAGACAUCAUUGAAGCUGUCCUAGAUGACGCCUAUCUCCUGGAGAAAAUCGCUUCGUAUGAGCGCCACCACAAAUACUAUAGUCGAGAUGACUACAGGCAACGGGCGAUGGAAUAUGAGAAUUUUGCUAUUGAUGUCGUUGAGCAAGUAUCAACCUCAGAGUUAAACCAGCUUCACGAAAUCAUGGACAUCAAAGGAAAUGGUUCUUUACUGAAAAAGAAGCCUGAAAAUUUUCAUCAGAGCCUUAGUCUCCUCAGGAUAGCUGCUAAUAAACAACGAAGAUCGUUCGUGGCAAGUCCCAAAUGCCAGUAUGUUCUCAACGAGAUCAUUUAUCGUGGAUGGCAAAAUUGGCGAGAUAAUGGCUUAGUGAGGAAAACCCUGUGGCUCUUUCUUCAUUUCUUUCUUGUGGCAAUCACUUGUCUCGUGUAUAUUCCUGUUCGAUUGAUUCGGAGGAGCUGUUGCUGUGGAACACUUCAAGACAAUUGCUGCUGGAAGUUAAGGAAGUUGUACGAACUUCCUUACGCCAAGUUUGUCAACCACACCAUAUCGUACAUGCUAUUCCUGAGCCUGCUUUUCGCCUCGUCCUAUCGACACGAGAUCGGCGCAAACCAAACAGGUUUAGUGUGGAUUGACUAUCCGGUGCUUGGCUUUGUUGUUGGCUUGUUUCUUCAGGAAGCCUUGAAGGCCAGAAGGCAAGGAUUCUUGAAUUACAUAUCCAAAUGGUGGAAUGUCGUAGACACCUUGAUUGUCUUUACGUUUCUGCUGUCUUACACAGUGUGGCUGAGUGCAUGGGGGUAUUACGGAGAGUGGAAGCCCAGAAAAUCUGCAUUUAUUGUGGCUGAUAGUAUUUAUGCCAGCGCCACGGUGAUGGCGUUUUUCCACUUAGCCCACGUUUUUCAAGUCAGUUCAGUAUUGGGUCCUUUGCAGCUGUCACUUUACAAAAUGCUGAAAGCUGUUCUCAAGUUUCUCGCCAUCUUUCUGCUCCUCUACAUUGCAUUUGCUACUGGGGUGGCCAAGAUAUACACGUACUAUGUUGCUUCGCAGAUCAAACUACGAGAACUGGACGAAAGUCACGGAUACAAGGCGUCUCAUCCAUAUGGCAAACACUCAACGACGUUCAUCACAAUGUUUUGGAUGUUACUUGGUACUGUGGAAGACGAGAAAAUCUUAGUGGAAGAUCCCGCCUUUUCACUCACGUCCACAUUUGGUCGCAUUUUUAUGAUUGCUCACGUGGUGUGCACCGUCAUCGUAGCUUUAAACAUGCUGAUCGCUAUGAUGAAUAACUCAUUUGAGAAGAUCAUGGAAAACUCAGAUGUAGAGUGGAAGUUUUCUAGGACUCAGAAGUGGCUGGAGUGGAUCGACCAAGGCGACACGAUUCCAGUGCCUUUCAACAUUGUGUAUCAUUUUUUGCGCUGCUUUUUUCUAAACUGCCGUAGACCGUUUUGCUGUAAAGAGAGACGAAAGUGCCCAGAGCGAAGCAAUUUACAAGUACAGUUUGGUGAAGCACAAGACUGUGUUCAUGUACAGGUUUUUCCUUGCUGCUGCCCCUGUAUUUGUUCUGGUGGUAUCCGCAGGUGCUCAUUGGAAUGCACCAACUCCCUGACAGAGAAAAAUUCCAUCGUUAGAGAGAAACGCAUACAGGUAAUGAGAACACUGGUCGUGAGAUAUCUGAAAGACAAGAGGAAUGGCUACUUAACAAGAUGGAAGGAACUUACUGUACAAUAAUCACCAUCACGUCGGGUGGCAGAUGACUAAACAAUCAUUUUAAUCAUUGAUUCGUGGCACAUAUUACCAGCAUACCUAUUUUAAGUACUUCACGUACUUCAAAGAAACGAAGCUUUUUUAAGAUAUGUGUUUUUCACAAGCUGGGUUGUUUUCAUACCUGAAAACGCGAAUAGUGCAGUUAUACAUUCUGUCCACUUAGAAUUUAGAAGUGACAAAGUAGGCGUUGUCAAUUAAAAGGGGGGGGCGCAUCUUAUCUAUGUUUUGUGUAAUUAAUUUGUUAGUCAGUUAGUUAGUUUGGAUUUUUGUUUAUUUUUUCUUGUAGCAAAGUUAUAUUUUUGCCUCUUCGAAAACAAAGUGGCUUAUAGUGAAGUAAAAUAAUAUAACCUAUUCAAAUGUAGAAAAUGUAGUCAAAAUGUGUAUUGACGCUCCAUGGCGUUCUAUCCACCAGGAAGAUGACACUCAGACCAAACAGAAACAAGUGACUUUGCCUUCCUGAGUGUUCAUAUCAAUCUGCAACCUAAGUCAGCUGUUAACCAUCUCUUUUUAGAAAUUACCAAGUUAAAUUCAAUCUCGUAAACAAAAUCUAGAGGGCAAUGAGGUCCCAGUACCGCAUACGCUUCAUUCGUGGACUGUUCUCUACCGCUGAAUUAAACGCCUUAUAUUUUGAUGAGCUGAAUUUUACUAGCUGUGUAAUCAUCCACUGUUUCUUCGUAGGCAGUUACAGGAUGUGAUAAUCGCUGAUUUGUUUGUUUGUUUUAAUUCUUUUUACCAUUUAUGAAUAUACAGUGGAAUCCCGAUUUCUCGACCCUCCAUUUUCGAGCCUCCCGAUAACUCAAACCAAAAGUCGUUUCCCCUCCUCAAUCAAACGCUGUUAAUAUUUUAGCUCCGAUUUCACGAAUUAUCCGAUUUUUUGAACCAAUUUUCGUUUCCCUUGGAGGCUCGAAAAAUCGGGAUUCCACUGCAUU